GUGGGUAAGUCGGGGGGAGUAUGUCUGGACAUAGGCCAACGUUGAAGCAUGUGCACAAGCCCUUCAAGUCGUCGCAUCGGACAAAGUCUGCUAUCAAGAGGGCUUCUAGCUCGUUGAAGAACAUGACGAGGAACUCGGUGAGGUCGGGGACCGGCUCACUUGCUGCCGACUACAAGGCCAAUCGGAGGAACGCCUCUGCCCAAGCACGCAAGGCCAAGAAGGCCAAGAAUGCCGUGACCAAGCGAGCUGGAACUGUUUCGGGUCCGCCGCGUGUGGUUCUUCUCCUUCCGCUCUCGCCCGAGCCUGGUGUCGGCACUCUUGAUCUCCUCACCGCCCUGCUCGGGCCGUCGGUCCAGGGCCCGGAUGUGCUCAAGACCGCCCUGCCUGUACUGGGUGCGCCGGUGACGGUGACCUAUGAGGCGCUCAAGGCGCGGAUCACGUACAUUGUGGCACCGACCGAGUCGCCCAUCGAGCUGCUGGAUGCGCUGCGCGCUGCUGAUGUCGUUGUGCCUGUCGUCGACGCCCUGGUUGGCGUCGACGACGAUGCCCAGCUGCUGGUGUCGAUGAUGCUGGCGCAGGGCAUGCCGACCGCGCUUCCGGUCCUUCGCAACCUCGAGCUUGUCGGCGGGCCGGCUAAGAACAAGUCGAAGACCCGCAAGGCCUUCAACCGGUUCAUCUCGUCCAAGCUCGGGCCAGACGUCUCGUUCCACGUCCUCGACUCGGACGCCGCUGGUAUCCGCUUCCUCCAGCUCCUCUCCAAGAGCAAGCUUCGUCGCAUCCAGUGGCGCGACGCCCGCCCGUACCUGAUGGCCGAGGCUGUGGCCUACGACGAUGCCUCGCGCAAGCUCCGCAUCAGCGGCUACCUCCGCGGCUCGCCGCUCUCGCCGAACCAGCUCGUUCAUCUCCCGGGCAAGGGCACCUACCGCAUCUCGGCCAUUUACGAGGCGCCUGACCCUGUGCCGCUCAACCGGGCCCAGGCCCGCAUGUCGGCCGAGCCGAUGGCGGGCAGCGCCGAGGGCUAUGCUCUCCUUGCCACCGCGGACGAGGCCAAGCUCCAUCCGAUGGAGCAGCUGCUCCCGCCUGAGGUCAACGAGGAGGAGGACGAGCUUGCGGCGCGGAUGGCCGACUUUGACGACGACGACGGCGGCCUGCCUGACCCGUUCGGCGACUCGGGCUCCGACGACGGCCGCCCGGGCCUGCACUCGGCCUCGCGCGGCGCCAAGGCUAUCGACCACAUCAACGUUGUCCGCGCCGAGAUCCAGUCGGACUGGGAGGCGUUUGUCGGCCUCGGGCCGGCCAACGACAGCGACAACGAUGACGGCGAGGGCGUCGGCGCUGGCGCCGGUGCGGCCGGCGGUUCGGACGCAAGCGGCUCGGACGGCGAGUCGGACGACGACGAGCGCCCGCUCAACCCGGUCGAGGCCCUCGCCGCCCGGCAGGCCGAGGACUUUGAGUGGCCCGACGAGUUCUACGCGCCGCGGGCCCCGCUGUGCAAGGACCUCUUCCGCGAGUACCGCGGGCUCAAGAGCUUCACCAACUCGCCGUGGGAUCCGUACGAGAACCUGCCGACCGAGUACUCGCAGAUCUACGACUUUGAAUCGUUCCCUCGGACGCAGAACGAGGUGCUUGACGAGGUCGAGAACGACGGCGUCGGCCUCGACGCGUACAUUGUGAUCGAGCUCGACGACGUGCCGCCGUCGGUCAUGGCCUCGCUCACACCGACGGGCGUGCUCGUUGCCUUUGGCCUCUUCCGCUACGAGCGCCAGUUCUCGGUCCUCCACAUGUCGGUCUCGCGCCACGCCUCGUUUGACGCCCCGCACGCCUCGGGUUCGCCGCUCAUGGUCAUGGUCGGCUUCCGCAUGCUUGAGGCCGCGCCGCUGUUCUCAUCAGACAAUCCCAAGUGCGCCAAGGCCAAGUUUGAGCGCUUCCUUCAGCCAGGCCGCACACUCACGGCCUCGAUCUACGGCCCGAUCGUGUUUGGCCCCUCCAUGCCUGUCUUUAUGUUCCGCCUCAACGCCGACUCGCCCGUCCCGCAGCUCGUCGCCACCGGCUCGGUGGCCUCGAUUAACCCGCAGAAGCUCAUCAUCAAGCGCAUCGUCCUUAUUGGCGAGCCGUUCCACAUCCACAAGUCGCGCGCCACCGUCCGCCGCAUGUUCUACUCGCCCGAGGACAUCCGCUACUUUAAGAAGAUCGAGUGCUACACCAAGUACGGCCGCCGCGGCCACAUUACCGACUCGAUCGGCACCCAUGGAUACAUGAAGAUGCAGUUUGAUGGUGUCCUCGACGCCCGCGACACCAUCUGCCUCCCGCUCUUCACCCGCCUCUUCCCGCGCAACAACACCCGCAUUAUCGAUGCCGACACCGUCCUCGAGCCGCAGGACCAGGUCAUCGAAGCCACUGCCCUCUCGCAGUACUAG